AUGGCCGGCCCGCGCGCAGGAAAAUCAAGGGCCAAUGGCGCCACUAAUGGGGAUUCGUCAAACAACAAGCAGUCCCUGAUGGAGCCCUCUGACAAGGAGCUCUAUGGCGGAAACACGGGCGACUAUGUCAAUUCCAUCGCCGUCACUGAUCAGGACGAUGACAUGGACGACGUCCAACUCAAUGGUCGGAGUCUUGUUGGACAAUACACGGCAUCCAAGGAGAUGAUGAACGAGUUUGCGCACGGCGACGCGGGUGAGGCCGACAUCCUCGACAGCCGCGAGAAGCAGGCCCAGAUUGCAUCACGCGAAACCGACUAUCAACGGAGACGAUUCGACCGCGCACUCUCCCCGACACGUGCUGACCCCUUUGCAAAGGACGGAGAGGAUGGCGGCCAGUCAUACAAGGACGUCAUGAAGCAGCGCGAGUUGGAGCGUGAGGAGGCGCGUGUCAAGCAACUGAUUGAAGACAAGGAAAAGUCUGGAGGCAACGAGGUUCUUGAUCACAAACCUACACUCAAGGACGACGGAUCCGCCACAGUCGACGGUGACAAAACCCCACCGAUGAAGAAGGCUCGCAAACGGAGACGAUGGGACGAAGUUGCAGACGACGAAACUCCCGCCACCAAGGAAGAAGCCAAGGAAGAGCCCAAGAAACGCUCGCGAUGGUCGCCGGCACCAGAAGACACAAAGAAAGCUACUGCACCAGUCCGGUCACGUUGGGAUACCACCGCUGUAGCCCCUGCGGCUGCUGCAACGCCUGCUCCCGCUGCGAAUGGUGCACACCCAAUCGCUCCAACCUUUGCCUUUGGUACCGAUAUCUCGAGUCGCAACGCCCCGCUGUCUGAUGAGCAGCUUGACAUGAUGCUCCCAGGCGAAGCCGAAGGCUACAAGGUCCUCGAGCCACCACCAGGUUACGAGCCAGUACGACGACCAGUAGGCAUGCCAGCUCUCCCCACCGGAUACCAGGGUUUCUUGAUUCCUGAGGUAGACAACAGCUUGGCUGCCAUGGGCAAACAACUGCCGACAGAAAUUCCGGGUGUUGGCGAUUUGCAGUUUUUCAAGAACGAGGAUAUGAAGUACUUUGGAAAACUUACAGACGGUGCCGACGAGAACGAGAUGACGGUGGAGGAGCUGAAGGAGCGCAAGAUCAUGCGACUGCUUCUGAAAGUCAAGAACGGAACACCACCCAUGCGAAAGACCGCGCUUCGACAACUUACAGACAAUGCUAGGCAGUUUGGUGCCGGAGCCCUGUUCAAUCAGAUUCUGCCACUCCUGAUGGAACGGACACUGGAAGAUCAAGAACGACAUUUGCUUGUCAAGGUUAUUGACCGUGUCCUGUACAAGCUCGACGAUCUCGUUCGUCCCUACGUCCACAAGAUUCUUGUCGUCAUUGAACCCCUCCUUAUCGACCAAGACUACUAUGCACGUGUCGAAGGUCGUGAGAUUAUUUCUAACCUGGCAAAGGCUGCUGGUCUUGCACACAUGAUCAGUACGAUGCGCCCUGACCUGGACCACCAAGAUGAAUACGUCCGAAACACCACCGCUCGAGCCUUUGCCGUUGUCGCGUCUGCUCUUGGUAUACCAGCCCUGCUCCCCUUCCUUCGAGCCGUUUGCCGAUCCAAGAAGUCAUGGCACGCGCGCCAUACUGGUGUGAAGAUCAUCCAACAGAUUCCUAUCUUGAUGGGUUGCGCUAUUCUGCCUCAUUUGAAGGGACUUGUCGACUGCAUUGGCGAGAACCUGAACGACGAGCAGCCCAAGGUCCGUAUGGUUACAGCUCUAGCCCUUGCCGCGCUUGCCGAAGCGGCCAGCCCGUAUGGUAUCGAAUCUUUCGACGAGAUUCUCAACCCUCUCUGGACUGGUGCCCGCCGUCAGCGUGGUAAGGCCCUCGCGUCUUUCUUGAAGGCUGUGGGUUACGUUAUCCCGCUUAUGGACGAGGAAUACUCCAACUACUACACCAGUCAGAUCAUGGAGAUUGUCAUCCGCGAGUUCCAGUCGCCUGAUGAGGAAAUGAAGAAGGUUGUGUUGAAGGUCGUUUCUCAGUGCUCAAAUACAGCCGGUGUCACACCAGUAUACCUUAAGGAUAAUGUCUUGCCAGAGUUCUUCAAGCAUUUCUGGGUACGGCGUAUGGCUCUUGACAAGCGUAACUACCGCCAAGUAGUGGACACGACGGUGGACCUGGCACAAAAGGCUGGUGUUUCUGAGAUUGUAGGCCGCAUUGUCAACAACAUGAAGGAUGAAAACGAAGCAUACCGCAAGAUGACUGUUGAAACUGUCGAUAAAGUCAUUAGCACUUUGGGUGCUCAUGACGUCGACCAGCGUCUCGAAGAGCAGCUCAUCGACGGUGUGCUUGUCGCUUUCCAGGAUCAGACCAUCGAGGAUCCCAUUGUCAUCGACGGUUUCGCUACUGUUGUCAAUGCCCUAGGUGAGCGGACGAAGACCUAUCUUCCACAGAUUGUUGCAACGGUCCUUGCUAGGCUCAACAACAAGUCUGCCACUGUUCGUCAGCAAGCUGCAGACCUUAUCUCCCGUAUUACCUUCGUCAUGCAAAAGUGUGACGAGGAUCCGCAGCUCAUCAAGCUUGCACAGGCGCUUUACGAAUAUCUUGGUGAAGAAUACCCAGAGGUUCUUGGUUCGAUCCUCGGCGCUCUUCGCGCUAUUGUCACAGUCGUUGGCCUUCACGCUAUGCAGCCUCCCAUCAAAGAUCUCCUGCCCCGGCUUACACCCAUUCUCCGUAAUCGACACGAAAAGGUGCAAGAAAACACCAUCGAUCUUGUAGGACGUAUUGCCGACCGAGGUGCAAACUAUGUCAACCCCCGUGAAUGGAUGCGAAUCUGCUUCGAACUCCUGGACAUGCUCAAGGCGCACAAGAAGGGUAUCCGUCGUGCUGCCAACAACACAUUUGGUUACAUUGCCAAGGCUAUCGGUCCCCAGGAUGUGUUGGCCACCCUUCUUGGUAACCUUCGAGUCCAGGAGCGUCAGUCUCGUGUCUGCACAGCUGUCGCUAUUGGUAUUGUUGCUGAGACUUGCGCGCCGUUCACUGUCCUUCCCGCACUGAUGAACGAAUAUCGUGUACCAGAGCUCAACGUACAGAAUGGUGUACUCAAGUCAUUGUCUUUCAUGUUUGAGUAUAUUGGCGAGAUGGCCAAGGAUUAUGUCUACGCCAUCACACCACUCUUGGAAGACGCUCUGAUCGACCGAGACCAAGUGCAUCGUCAGACUGCCGCUUCCGUGGUCAAGCACGUCGCUCUGGGUUGUGUUGGCCUUGAUUGCGAAGACGCCAUGAUCCAUUUGCUUAACCUUCUAUGGCCCAACCUCUUCGAGACCAGUCCUCACGUCAUCGAUAGGAUCAUCGAAGCCAUUGAGGGUGUUCGCAACGCAAUCGGUACUCCGCUUGUCAUGAAUUACGUAUGGGCUGGUUUGUUUCAUCCGGCUCGCAAAGUUCGACAGCCUUAUUGGCGCAUCUACAACGACGCAUACGUUCAGAAUGCUGAUGCCAUGGUCCCAGCAUACCCCGCUUUUGAGGAAGAUCAUGUCAAGAGACAUGAACUGGACAUCUUCAUCUAA